CCUCAAGAGACGAGCCAGUGUAAGAUCGCAAGGGUUGACAUUGGGGAGGGAGGAUCCAAUAAAUGCCGUCUGAGGGCGGGACCUCAAGAAGGAAGAGCCAAUGAUUGAGCAGUUGCGAGGGAGAAGCCGGCAGACUCUGGUCAGAGGAAAGAACCAAGAUGGCGGCGUCCAGGGCGGUAGGUUCCCAGACUGAUCCAGAGUUUCUCCCGAAGGGAGGCGACUCCUCGCGGGUUCUUCAUAAGCUCUCCUCUCAAAUGCCUCAGGAGGGGCACUGGAUCUCAGAAAGUCAAUGAGCCUCCGGGGUGGGGGGCUUCCCCGGACCAAUAGGGGAUACGGCAAGGUCGGACUUUGGGGCAGGCCAAUGGCCAGAGGUACCGGAUGGGAUAGCCAAUAAGAAUAGGAAAGAACAAGCUGAAGGACCAAUGGGAGCAUAAAUGGAGCAGGCCGAGCGGCCAAUGGAGAAUGACCUUCUCCGAGCUGGAUGCCCCACGUGGUGGGGAGGAGGGACCCUCAGGACCCUGAGCAGCCAGAGUAACUUUGGCCAAGGCCCGAACCCCAGCUAUGACCUGAAUCCGAAUCCUGGCCGUAACCCCCAGAAGGGGCUGAUGGCCAGCAUGGCCUCUCGAUUCUAUGACGUGGAGCAAUUUCGGGAGUGGAUUUUCCGUUUCUGGAGCUGGAACCUAUAUAGGAAAAACAAAGUCUUCAGCUACACGUUGAAACACUAUGGCCCCAAUACUGCAGCUGCUCACUUUGUCCUGACCCAGGGGGGAGCUGUCAGGUUCCAGGAACAGGAGUGGCUCUUCCCCCAAGACAAGAACCAAUUCCUUGGGAAUAGUCAUCACUUCCAGAAGCUGCCCCUGGAGGAGGUGGAUGCCAGUGGCUGCCUCAUCAACUACUACGGGCUGGAGAACUUGGUGUUCCUACCCAGCCUGAGGUCUCUGAAGCUGUGUGGCUGCCCCUACGUGGAUGACUGGUGCCUGAGCCGCCUGCACUCUCUGGGCGGCAGCCUGCAGGAGCUCUCUCUGGCUGGCUGUCCCAAGGUCACCGAGCGAGGCCUUGCCUGCCUCCACCAUCUCUGGAACCUCCGGCGUCUGGACAUCUCCAACCUUCCAGCUGUGUCCGAGAAAGGCCUAACCCGGAUUCUGGUAGAGGAGAUGCUGCCUGAUUGUGAGGUAGUCGGGGCAGACUACGCCGACGGGCUGGUGCCCCUCUCUGAGGACGAGAGAGGGGUGGAAGAGAAGGCAGCAGCGGCAGUCCCUGGCGCUCCCAGAGGGCAGAGAACACUGUGGAACAGAGAGGCACCAUCGGGCAUGUUGCCCAGAAGACCCUUUCCUUGUCUGCCUCACCCUGGGCUUAUAGAUACACCAGAAGUAAGGGGUCACCCCAAGGAUGCUGGGGGGGAAGGGCACAGGGGACAUUUGGCCUCCUUCCCCCACCCCUUUCUCUUAGCUUCUCUGUACCCCUGAAUAAAUGGGGGGUGGAGAGGCCCCUAAUAGCCCCCCUCAUACAGUUGUCCCCAGAAUCCCCUCCAUUUCCUCUUUGUCCUGAGAUGGGGAGGGGCCUGGUAAUUGGAGUGAUGGACAGGACAGGAGGAACAAGGGAUGAGCCGGGGAUGAACCAAGGCGGUGAUCAAAGCGGAGGUCUGGCAAGCCCUGGCAGCACCCCCUUGGGUGGUUGCCUCGGAAACCAGGGUGAUAGACACCCCAGGAAAUGCUGAUGGCCCAUCCCUCCUCCCUCCCAGCCUCCCCUGGGAUGUGGUGUCUGAGUGCAGACCUGAGUCCAUUAACUCCGGGCUGCACCCCCCACCCCCCAUGGACUUCAUUAGUCUGAGGGAGGGAGGGGGGCUGGAGCUCAGUCACUCCCCGAGGUCCCUCCCCCCUUCCUUCACACAGAUAAUAAACAUUGCUGGAAGCCA